UGCAUGUUUUUGUGUGUGUCAGUCUGUGUGUGUGCUGGGGUGCAGGUGACCGUUCGGGAGGAGAGGCGUUUGGCCAUGCUCUUCCAGUCCGUGGUGCUUCAGUGCCAGUACCACACGCCCUCCACCCAGACCCCUGUGGUGCAGUGGUGGUACAAGUCCUACUGCCGUGACCGCACGCGAGACUCCUUCACCUUCACCGAGAGCCUGGGGGUCCAGGGGUCUGAGCUGGGCGCCGCGGCCCAACUGGAGUGCUCCGACAGCAGCCGCACCGUCCGCAUCGUAGCCUCGGGCCAGGGAGCCUCCAUGACGCUGGCUGAGCACUACAAGGGCCGAGACAUCGCCAUCGUCAACAGUACUGUGAAGAUUUCUAAUUAGUUGAUUUGUGUUGUGUUUAUUUAAGUUGUGUGCGUGUGUGGAGGUGUUUAUAGUUUAAUGAGCUGUUAUGUGUAUGACUAGAAGGCUGUGCUUGUGAAAAUGUUGUGAGGGAACGCAAUACAUACACACACUCACGCACACGCACACGCUUAAAUGCUGGUUACAGUAUGCCAGUGCUUUAGUGUUAUAAGCGGUGGUCCGUCAUAGCCUGUGUCUAUUGUCCCAGUCUCUCUACUGUGUGAUCCGUCUCCCAACAGGAAACGUGACUGCUUGUGCUCGGCUUUUCCGGUUCCUCAAAUAGUCCUUCUCUGUCUCUGCUUCACAAUAGACCAGGCUCCACUAACACACACACACACACACACACACACACACACACACACACAUUAAAGGGAUAAUUCACCCAAAUUACAAAAUCACAUGUUGGUUUCCUUACCCUGGACAAAGUAUGACAGCAGUCCAUGCUUUGGUUUAGUUUCCCUGGCACUGUUUCCAAAUGAUAACGUUUUAGCAUUUUUGGUACAAAUCCCAUCCAAGUCAUGAGACCCAUUAUUAACAUUUUAAAAAUCAUCUAUAAGUUACUUUGUUGAGCUUCACAAUACAUUUUAGAUACUUUCGGAUGAUUUGCUAAUAUCGGUGCCAUGACUUGAAUGAGGUUUGUGCCACAAAUCCUAAAAUAUUAGCAUUUGGAAACAGUGCCAGGGAAGCUAAACCAAAGCAUGGAUUGCUGUCAUACCUUGUCCACAGACAGCUUACAAGGUAAGGAAACCAAUAUGUAAUUUGGGUGAACUAUCCCCUUAACGACACUGCCCCCUGUUCACAAUGGAGUGGUCUCUACACACACUGCCCUCUCUUAUCCUAUUCACAAUGAACCACCCCAUUGAGCUCCUUAUCAAAAGGAAACACCCACCUUCUUGUUCUGCCUUCCUUUUAACUAAACACCCUCCUGUUUUCGUAAAUCAUAAUAGAAAUAUGUAGGAUGUAUGAAUGUGUCAAAUGUCAAUGUAUAUUUGAGGAUUGUUCAGUACAUUGUUUUACUAAUGGUAUAUAAUCCUAUGACAGUAUGCAGUUGUCGAUGAUUUGUUGUAUGGCUUUUAUAUGUUUUUUCAGAUGUUUUUAUAGGUUUAUCGUUUUUUUCAUUCAACCUUUGACCUGACCUUUGACCCUGUACCUGUCCAGAGGCAGACCUGCGGAUCGGGGACCUGCAGUGGGGCGACAGCGGCGUGUACUUCUGUAAGAUCGUCAUCGCAGACGACCUGGAGGGGAAGAACGAGGGCCAGGUGGAGUUACUGGUGCUGGGUGAGCGACCACAGGAAGUGAACCCCUCAGCACACAGGAAGUAAACAUUCAACACAGGAUGUCAAACCACCUCAACAUUAAAGAGGAAGGGAUAGAACAGAAAUUAACACCAAUUUGAACAUUCCGUUGGGGCUAUCUGUCCUCUCUUAUUUUGAGGUCCUUUCUCGUCUGAAAGGAUUUUGAAGUUGGGAGUUGAGGCAAUAGGAAACAAGUAUACACUUAUUUAUUGUCUUGUCUCACUUUCUGAACCUUACCACAGCACCUCAGCAUAAGAUCUAUUGAUUUGUGCCGUUGCAGUCUGAAAUGCCAGUCUGAAAUGCUGAGCAUCGUGUGUGUGGGGGGGGGGGGGGUGCACAUUCCAAAGUGCACUUAGAAAUGCUGCCAUGACAACGGGCCGAAAAGACAUGCGCUGCUGCUCUACACGGUUCUGAUCCUCUCCGAGAGGACCUAUUGUUUGGCUGAGCUUACCGUUGUACAACAGCAGACAUAACCCUGACAUAGCCAUACAUAAACCUUUAUAACCUCAAAUAUAGUGUCAGUAUAGGCCAGGUAGACAUAGGCUACAUAACAGAGAGCUCACAACAUACAGUACCUAUGUGGAAUAAGGUCAUUACACAUACAUUACACAUACAUUACAGAGAGUAGUUCUAGGUAAUUGUUGUGAGCUAUGUAAUCCACUUCUUAAAUUGUUUCCAUGGCAAAAAAAAUUUUUGGGGGAGUAAAGCAUGUUAAGGGUCAGUGGUGUAGCAGUGGCGCAGUGGGAUCUCUAGUGUGCCACUAGAGAUCCUGGUUCGAAUCCAGGCUCUGUCGUAGCCGGCCGCGACCGGGAGACCCAUGGGGCGGCGCACAAUUGGCCCAGCGUCGUUGAGGGUAGGGGAGGGAAUGGCCGGCAGGGAUGUAGCUCAGUUGGUAGAGCAUGGCGUUUGCAACGCCAGGGUUGUGGGUUCGAUUCCCACGGGGGGCCAGUAUGAAAAAAUAAAAAAUAAUGUAUGCACUCACUAACUGUAAGUCGCUCUGGAUAAGAGCGUCUGCUAAAUAACUAAAAUGUAACUGUAAAAUGUGGCAGGAUAAUGGUCAGUGGUGUGGCAGGUUAAGGGUCAGUGGUGUAGCAGGUUAAGGGUCAGUGGUGUAGCAGGUUAAUAGUCAGUGGUGUAGCAUGUUAAUGGUCAGUGGUGUAGCAUGUUAAGGGUCAGUAGUGUAGCAGGUUAAUGGUCAGUGGUGUAGCAGGUUAAUGGUCAGUGGUGUAGCAUGUUAAGGGUCAGCUGUGUGGUGGGACAACAGAGGAGCUGACUUUGGCCUUGUACACACACCACCAGAGUUUGGACCCGGUCUCCCUUCUCUCUCUCAGGUUACUGUCUGCUGUAUUUAUAUGACUGUUGAGGGCUAGGAGAGCUCAAUGCAUAGCACAAGGAUGACUGUGCCCCCAUGGUGGGACUGAGACUGACUUCCUAAACUGUCUCCUAUAUUCGUUCCUCUUUUUCUCAGCUUCCCUCCUUCUCUCCUUCUCCUGUUCUCCCUUUCUCUCAGCUUCCCUCCUUCUCUCCUUCUCCUGUUCUCUUUCUCUCAGCUUCCCUCCCUCUCUCCUUCUCCUGUUCUCUUUCUCUCAGCUUCCCUCCCUCUCUCCUUCUCCUGUUCUCUUUCUCUCAGCUUCCCUCCCUCUCUCCUUCUCCUGUUCUCUUUCUCUCAGCUUCCCUCCCUCUCUCCUUCUCCUGUUCUCUUUCUCUCAGCUUCCCUCCCUCUCUCCUUCUCCUGUUCUAUUUCUCUCAGCUUCCCUCCCUCUCUCUUUCUCCUGUUCUAUUUCUCUCAGCUUCCCUCCCUCUCUCCUUCUCCUGUUAUAUUUCUCUCAGCUUCCCUCCCUCUCUCUUUCUCCUGUUUAUUUCUCUCAGCUUCCAUCCCUCUCUCCUUCUCCUGUUUCUUUCUCCCAGUCUCCUCCUCCCUUCUUCUCACUUCCCUCCUGUUCUCUUUCUCUCAGCUUCCCUCCCUCUCUCUUUCUCCUGUUCUAUUUCUCUCAGCUUCCCUCCCUCUCUCCUUCUCCUGUUCUAUUUCUCUCAGCUUCCAUCCCUCUCUCCUUCUCCUGUUCUAUUUCUCUCAGCUUCCCUUCCUCUCUCCUUCUCCUGUUCUCUUUCUCUCAGCUUCCCUCCCUCUCUCCUUCUCCUGUUCUAUUUCUCUCAGCUUCCCUCCCGCUCUCCUUCUCCUGUCCUCUCUUUCUCAUAAUUAAAUUUUUCACUGCUUUAUAUUUUUUUGUAUUCUACUCUGAAGCACCUCAUUUUCCUCUACCCCUUCUUCCCCCUGUCUUCUUAUCAUUGUUCCUUAUCUCCUCUCCCCUCCCUCCUCCCUCCCUCCCUCCCUCCCUCCCUCACCUCCCUCCCUCCCUCCCUCCCUCACCUUCCCCUCUGAGGCACCACAGUUUUCUCCCCUCCCUCCCUCCCUCCCUCCCUCCCUCCCUCCCUCCCUCCCUCCCUCCCUCCCUCCCUCACCUUCCCCUCUCAGAGGCACAUAGUUUCUCCCCUCUCCCUCCCGGCCGUCUCUAGUUAUCACAGCCACAAAGUCAUAAACCUUGCCUAUUUCUACAAUUGAUCUUCUUAAAAUGUGAUUUUAAACUGAACCUUAACCCUAACCUUAACCACAUUGCUAACCUUAUGCCUAACCCUAACCUUAAAUAAAGACCAAAAAGCACAUUUUUGCUUUCAUGAAUUUUUACGAUAUAGACAAUUUUGACUCUGUGGCUGUGGUAACUAAUGGAAACCCCUACCUCCUCUCCUCCCUCACCUUGUUCCCCUCUCAGAGGCCCAUAGUUUCUCCCCUCUCAGAGGCCCAUAGUUUCUCCCCUCUCAGAGGCCCAUAGUUUAUCCCCUCUCUCAGGUUACUGAGCUCAGCUAGGUUUAUAUGACUCAGUGCCAGAGAAGGGUGGUAGGAUCAGUGUGUGUGGGUGUGUGUGUGUGUGUGUGAGGGCGUGGUCCCAUUACAACACCAUUCUCUCUCUAUUUGUCUCUAUAUUUGUCUCUCUCUCUAUUGCCCUUUAUCCUUCUCUCAUUCAAUUUCAAUUUCAAUUUAAGGGCUUUAUUGGCAUGGGAAACGUAUGUUAACAUUGCCAAAGCAAGUGAAGUAGAUAGUAAACAAAGGUGAAAUAAACAAUAAAUAUUAACAGUAAACAUUACACUCAGAAGUUCCAAAAGAAUAAAGACAUUUCAAAUGUCAUGUUAUGUCUAUAUCCCAUGUUAUAUCUAUAUCCAGUGUUGUAACAAUGUGCAAAUAUCACUCUCUGUCUUUAUCUUCCUUAACCUUUCUGUCUCCUCCUCUGUGUGUCUCUCGCCGUAUCACAUUUAGCAGAAACAAAGCAGCCAUUGUUACCAUGGCUGACCCUCUUUCCCAAUGAGCUCCGAUGGUUAAUUGGUGUCCCAGAAUGCUUCAGUGUAGUGUCUGUCCCCGUUACACUCUGACAAUUUUCCCAUCCCCCCCCCCCUUCCCACACUAGACUGAGGUAGUAUGUGUGAAGUGGGCGGCAGGUAGCUUAGUGGGUAAGAGCGUUGUGCCAGUAACCGAAAGGUCGCUGGUUCUAAUCCCAGAGCCGACUAGGUGAAAAAUCUGUCGAUGUGCCCUUGAGCAAGGCACUUAACCCUAAUUGCUCCUGUAAGUCGCUCUGGAUAAGAGCGUCUGCUAAAUGACAAAAAAAAUAAUAAUAAAAAAAUAAAAUAAAGUGGAUGUGAAAAUCAAUCAGCAUCACACUUUCAACUUUGUCUUCACUCCUAUUAACUUCUGUCAAAUGUAUUAAAAUUCUCUCAAAUGUUUGAAUCAUGGGAAAUUAUUAACGAUGAUGAUGAUCACUUUGGCUUUAGCAUCAGUAUUGAAGAAUAGUUUGACUGUUCUUUUCCUGGGCUCCUCUUUCAAUUAAUCUGUCUGGUAAUCUCUAUGCAUGACUCUUUGUCAAUAACUCCAUCUGAUUGGCUGAUUUGCCUCAACUUUGACCUCUGCCCUCUGCUACUUCCUGUCUGCUGCGCCUCACCUCUGCUCUCCUUCUCUCUGCAGGUAGGACAGGUGUGCUGGAUGAUCUCCUGCCUGAGUUUGAUGUGGCGAUUAUGCCAGGUACGGCUGCCUGCCUCCUCGCCCGCUGGCUACUGUCUGUCUGUGUGUCUGUGUGUGUGUAUGCCAAAAAUGGCUGCAUUUUCACCCCACCUGUUCCUUCCUUACCUGUUCCCCUCAGUGGCAUCACCUGCUCUGGCUCUGCUAACCCUGUUCUCUCACUGUCCAAUCAGCUUCUGGGAAUCUUGAAUGAUUUAACAACUGCAGAGUAAAGGACAAAUCAGCUCGUUGCCUCAUCUUAUAUUCCGCCUCUGCGCAGUCAAGCAUUAACUCACUCUCACAAUCAUAUUCUUGCUACAUGACUUAAUGCAUAUGGCACAUUUAAAACUCUCCUCAAUGGAGCAAUGCUAGUUAUUCACAAGAAACCCUACCCCCUCUCUCUUUUGAAGAUGAGAUCUCUCUCUGAAGAGGUCCACUUGGGAUGUGUGUUUUCACAAGGGGCUGACCAAAGUGGUGUGUUUGUCGUCCUUGGUCACGACCUGAGGAAGUUCAUCAUUAGUGUUGGGAUGCUUUAGUGAUGUGAGGCUGUGAUAAGCCAGCAAGCCCUGCCUCUCUACACCCUGAGCAUUGGAGGGUUAUUAUUACCAUGUAUGUCAAUGGUUAUUACGGAUGUGGAGAGAGAACAGAGAUGCAGAAGAUGUAACUGUAGUAAGUAACAUGUAGUAACUCACUCAAGUAACAAGAUGUGUAUCUUUACUGUUUGUGGGAUCUGUGGUCUCAUUGAUCUGUGUCUGUGUUCCAUAGUGGGUGUUUGUGGGAUCUGUAGUCUCAUUGAUCUGUGUCUGUGUUCCAAAGUGGGUGUUUGUGGGAUCUGUAGUCUCAUUGAUCUGUGUCUGUGUUCCAUAGUGGGUGUUUGUGGGAUCUGUAGUCUCAUUGAUCUGUGUCUGUGUUCCAUAGUGGGUGUUUGUGGGAUCUGUAGUCUCAUUGAUCUGUGUCUGUGUUCCAUAGUGGGUGUUUGUGGGAUCUGUAGUCUCAUUGAUCUGUGUCUGUGUUCCAUAGUGGGUGUUUGUGGGAUCUGUGGUCUCAUUGAUCUGUGUCUGUGUUCCAUAGUGGGUGUUUGUGGGAUCUGUAGUCUCAUUGAUCUGUGUCUGUGUUCCAUAGUGGGUGUUUGUGGGAUCUGUAGUCUCAUUGAUCUGUUUCUGUGUUCCAUAGUAGGUGUUUGUGGGAUCUGUAGUCUCAUUGAUCUGUUUCUGUGUUCCAUAGUGGGUGUUUGUGGGAUCUGUAGUCUCAUUGAUCUGUUUCCGUGUUCCAUAGUGGGUGUUUGUGGGAUCUGUGGUCUCAUUGAUCUGUUUCUGUGUUCCAUAGUGGGUGUUUGUGGCCUCUGUAGUCUCAUUGAUCUGUUUCUGUGUUCCAUAGUGGGUGUUUGUGGGCUCUGUAGUCUCAUUGAUCUGUUUAUGUGUUCCAUAGUGGGUGUUUGUGGGCUCUGUAGUCUCAUUGAUCUGUUUCUGUGUUCCAUAGUGGGUGUUUGUGGGAUCUAUAGUCUCAUUGAUCUGUUUCUGUGUUCCAUAGUGGGUGUUUGUGGGAUCUGUAGUCUCAUUGAUCUGUUUCCGUGUUCCAUAGUGGGUGUUUGUGGGCUCUGUAGUCUCAUUGAUCUGUUUCUGUGUUCCAUAGUGGGUGUUUGUGGGAUCUGUAGUCUCAUUGAUCUGAUUCUGUGUUCCAGAGUGGGUGUUUGUGGGAUCUGUAUCCCUGGGCAGUAUCCUGUUCCUGUUGUUGAUGGGGAUUUGCUGGUGUCAGUGCUGCCCUCAUUCCUGCUGCUGCUACCUCCGCUGCUGCUGCUGCCCCGACACCUGCUGCUGCCCACGCCACCGUGAGUAACACACACACACACACAGCCUUACAUUCACAUGCUUCCCUUUUUAAACGUUUAGGAUUUUCAUUUAAUUUUUUACUGUUUUCCAGUCUAUGAGGCGGGGAAGAUGGUGAAGAGGGGCCAGCCUCCCCAGGUUGUUGUGUACCCCCCCUACUGCAUCCCUGGGGUCCCCGCCAUGGUUCCCUUCGCUCCACCGUCCCUCGCUGACCCUAAGAUGGUCUCCCUCCCCUCAGUGGAGAACAACCUGGCUGGGGGUGAGUGACCCGCCCCACACCUGGGCUCGUCCUGUCAGACUGCAGGAACUGGACAAGCCACUGUGCAUUGUGGGAAAUUUAGUUUUGCAUGAUAUAUCACAGUAACACUAACUACCGUUUGUAGAGGGUCAUCUGAGUUAACUAACCCUCUUCUUAUGUUGGUCCUCAUUUUCUGACCCUAACCUGGGUGGAGUUGUCUAUGACCGGACCUGCGUUCGAGUGUGUGUGUGUGUGUGUGUGCAUCCGUGUUUUUGUUUGUGUAAGUGUGUUUCUACUGUCCGUAGUGGCUUUGAUCCUUGAAAUAAGUCUGUGUGGGUGUGUCCGUGUCCACAGUACGCAGUGGCUAUCGUCUCCAGCCCAAUCACAGUCAGGGCUCUAUGAAGGUUCUGUACUACGUAGAGAAGGAGUUUCCCUCUGCCAAGAUGGCUCCUCUACAAUGUAAGCCUGUACAGAGUCAGUAGUUCCUCAAUAAUCACUUUGUGUGUGUGUGUGUGUGUGUGUGUGUGUGUGUGUGUGUGUGUGUGUGUGUGUGUGUUGAUGGGUUGGUGUAUCUGUGUCUGUGUUUAAUGUGUGUAUCUUUGUUAGUAAAGGUUGGUCCUCAUCAGAAACCCUCCAUUAAAUUCUCCAAUAACUAUUCAUUUCCCCAUUAGUAACAAACCAACCCUGAUUACACUAAAUGUCAUCAAUACCAUCUACUGAGAGAAUCCAUCUGUGUUGAAUCGGUCAAAUGUUGUUUGGUAACAUUAGAAGAACUACCUAUAAACUGCUUAUAAACCACUAUAAAUAAAUAUUUAUUAUGUUUUUUCCCCCCUCAUCAAUCUACACAAAUACCCAUAAUGACAAAGCAAAACCAGGUUUUUAGAAAUAUCACAUUUACAUAGGUAUUCAGAGCCUUUACUCAGUACUUUGUUGAAGCACCUUUGGCAGCGAUUACAGCUUUGAGUCUUCUUGGGUAUGACGCUACAAGCUUGGCACACCUGUUCAAGUCUGGGCUCUGGCUGGGCCACUCAAGGACAUUCAGAGACUUGUCCCGAAGCCACUCCUGUGUUGUCUUGGCUGUGUGCUUAGGGUCAUUGUCCUGUUGGAAGUUGAACCGUCGCCCCAGUCUGAGGUCCUGAGCGCUUUGGAGCAAGUUUUCAUCAAGGAUCUCUCUGUACUUUGCUCCGUUGAUCUUUCUCUCGAUCCUGACUAGUCUCCCAGUCCCUGCCACUGAAAAACAUCCCCACAGCAUGAUGCUGCCAUCACCAUGUUUCACCGUAGGGAUGGUGCCAGCUUUCCUCCAGACGUGACGCUUGGCAUUCAGGCCAAAGAGUUCAAUCUUGGUUUCAUCAGACCAGAGAAUCUUGUUUCUCAUGGUCUGAGUCCUUUAGGUGCCUUUUGGAAAACUCCAAGCUGGCUGUCAUGUGCCUUUUACUGAGGAGUGGCUUCCGGCUGGCCACUCUACCAUAAAGGCCUGAUUGGUGGAGUGCUGCAGAGAUGGUUGUCAUUCUGGAAGGUUCUCCCAUCUCCACAGAGGAACUCUGGAGCUCAGUCAGAGUGGCCAUCGGGUUCUUGGUCUCCACCCUGACCAAGGCCCUUCUCCCCUGAUUGCUCAGUUUGGCCGGGCGGCCAGCUCUAGGACGAGUCUUGGUGGUUCCAAACUUCUUCCAUUUAAGAAUGAUGGAGGCCACUGUGUUCUUGGGGACUUCUUGGGGAAAUGUUUUGGUACCCUUCCCCAGAUCUGUGCCUCGACACAAUGCUGUCUCAGAGCUCUACGGACAAUUCCUUCGACCUCAUGGCCUGGUUUUUGCUCUGACAUGCACUGUCAACUGUGGGACCUUAUAUAGACAGGUGUGUGCCUUUCCAAAUCAUGUCCAAUCAGUUGAAUAUCCCACAGGUGGACUCCAAUCAAGUUGUAGAAACAUCUCAAGGAUAAUCAAUGGAAACAGGAUGCACCUGAGCUCAAUUUUGAGUCUCAUAGCAAAGGGUCUGAAUACUUAUGUAAAUAAGGUUUUUAUUUGUAAUACAUUUGCAAACAUUUCUAAAAACCUGUUUUCGCUUUGUCAUUAUGGGUUAUUGUGUGUAGAUUGAUGAGGAAAAUGUUUUAUUUAAUACAUUUUAGAAUAAUGCUGUAACGUAACAAAAUGUGGAUAAAGUCAAGGGGUCUGAAUACUUUCCGAAUGCACUGUAUGCCUGUGAUAUUUACAUUUACAUUUUUUGAUGAUAUGUGAUUGUCCCACCUAGUUAUCUUAAGAUGAAUACACUAACUGUAAGUGGCUCUAGAUAAGAGCGUCUGCUAAAUGACUAAAAUGUAAAAAAAAAUAUGUGAAUUGACUGGACUGUUGCUUUUUCAUCAGAAACUAUAAUAUGGCAUGGUUCUCUAUUUCACAUGUUAAGUUCAUUAACAUACCAGUGGCAGUGUAAGAAGGUAUCUAUAGUGCUUUGUUGUAAACACACAGACAUAGGGGUUGAUAAAUUUUUUGUUAGGACAAAUCAGUGGAAAUUACAAACUUUAGAAACCUUUUUAAACCUUGAAUAAACUACAAGUUUUCAUUUCCUGCUGUGUGAUCAAAUUCAGGCAGGUCACCCGUGAUACAAGUCAGUAUUCGACAGCCAUCCAUGUCUGAGGACAUCGGGAGAUGAUGUUGAAUACCGGCCACUAAGGGCAACAGUGAGCGCUGUUACCUUCAAGUAGGUUUCGGUUUGCUAGGGUGUUUUGGAUGGGGAUGGUGGAUGGGCGUAAGCAUUGAAUGGUCAAAUCCAACGAUGGAAAGUUGUUUUCUAUAUUUUGUUUUAAGCCUAUCCCAAACCUUAACCCUUACCUUAACCAUUCGGAGUUAAUGCCUGAACUUAUCACUAACCUUAAAAAUGUGGAGUUAAUACCUAAACUUAACCUUAAAUACUUCGAAAUUUGACGUCUGGAACAAUUUAGAAAUGUGUCGUUUGAGAAAGAUGGAUGAACGUCUCAUUCUGAUGUGAGACUGUGAGAGCUAGUAAUUAAGAUCCUACAUCUGUAUGAUGAGGGCCAUCAACAAAAGCAUUUGCUUUGGAAAUAACCAAUCUAUAUUUACACUGAUGUCUAUGGCUAUCAGAUGUUGUUUGCAUUAGGGGUGAUAUUUGAUGAUGUGUAUGUGAUUGGAUUAGAAGUAUUGAAGCAUAAACAUGCUGUGUAGCCUAAUGAUGGUGGUAAGAUGCAAUUUCAAAACACUGUAAAUAGAACGCUGCUGCAAAAAAACUUGCUGCGAAAACAGUUAAUUUAUAACAUUGAAAACCUUUUCUUGAAAGCAGUAACGGUCUCCAUAGUGAUGUGUUGUCCCAGCAGCCAGUAGCCUAUCAGAGCUCAGCUCUCUGCAUGAGGGAGGGGACACGGAUUUCCGGCAGACCUAUCGGACAGUCCAGAUGAAAUCUCUCCCACCCAUCGCUGACCUUGAUGACCAAUCAGAGCUCAUGGCAGCUCCUGUGCACAACAGUCGUCGACCCAGGCAUUACCGUGGCAACCACACUGACGACGAGCAAGACAGCAGGUACCAGUUUGAACUGGAUCUACAGUACUCAAACUAUCUCACCAGGUGUAUGUGUGUGUGUGAGAGAGAAUAGGAUGUUGUAUAGGUAUUGGAUAUUUCAUUGCUGUAUAUCUUGUAUUUAGUGUAGGAAUAAAAUGCUAGUUAGCACUGUCUGCCUGCAUUUGUAUAUCUGUACUCUGAUUCCCCCUGUCUUCCCUGUUUUCCAGGUGGAACCCUCGCUCUGUGCACCUGGAGAGGAGGACAUUGGGCAGCAGGGGGCGUACCGGCUCACUGGAUGAGCUGGAGGAGUUUGCUAUGUCCUAUGGGCCCCGUGCCCGGAGGGGCGACCCCCGUGACCAGGACAGGGACUACGACCUGGAGCUAUGGGGGAGAGAGCACAGCCCCCCUCGCCGUUUCCACAGAGAUAGGGAUGACGACUGGCACCCCCGCCGCAGCCCGCCUCCACAGAAGAGGAGGGACAUGUGGGACGGCGACAGCGAUCUCCCCUCUCGCCCCCACCAGCACACCCAGGAGGGGAGGGGUUACGAUGCCGCCUUCCUCAAUGACUUAUUGGAGCGGAAGGUGAGGGGGAGGGCAGGAGAGAGGGGGGAGAGAGGAAAGGGGCGGGUUGACGAGGACAGUGACACUCCCUCCAAGGGCAGUUCGAAGGGCAAGGGCAGCGAUGGUUUCUACAGCCGGUCACCUAGCAACAGGCCCGAGGAGGAUGACCCUUUGCCUCCAUACUCGGAGCUGGAGAUGGAAAGGUACCGGAUGGUCAACCCAACCGUUGAACGUUACCGCAUGGUCGAACUGCCUUCAGAACGAUAUCGCACCACUGACCAGGCCAUGCAACCAUUCUCCUAUACCCGUCCCCCUAAAGGACUGGCCCACACCGUACAGGGGGGCAGAGAGGAUAGGGACAACAACCGAAAAAUGGUGAGUUACCUUUAG